AUGUCCAAUCUGUCAUCAAAAAUUUAUUUACCAAAUACUAAAACUGUGUAUUUUAUUUCAGUAAAUGUAUUCAGCUUUAUAAUAGGAUGCUUACUAGCUUGGAACUCUCCUGUACUUAUACAACUUCAGUCAAAUAAUACAGACAUUAAUCCGAUUGGACGACCGAUAACAACUCUGGAAGUUUCAAUUUGUACUUCUAUCCUGCCUAUGGGGUCCACCAUAGGAACACUUCUUGUUGGAAAACUCGCAGACAUUUUUGGAAGAAAGAGAAUGCUAAUUUGUCUUGCAGCUGGAGGAGCAGUUUCAUUUGGUGCCAUUUCAAUUGCAACACAUAUUUAUGUUUAUCUUAUAUUUACAACAACUGCAAUGGUUUGUAUUUCAGCUGGUUUCGUAGUAGUACCCGUAUAUGUUACAGAAAUAGCCGAAGAUAAAAAUAGAGGAAAAUUGGGAUGUUUUUCGUCAAUUUUCAUAUGUUUAGGACAGCUGUAUAUUUACGUUUUAGGAACAGUGACUAACUUGGCAUAUAUGUCAUUACUCUGUGGGUUUCCUUUAUUAUUAUUUUUAAUAGUCUCUGUAUUUCUACCAGAAUCUCCAAUAUUUUUAGCUUCAAAAGGAAACAAAACAGAAGCGUUAGUAGCAUUAAAAAAACUGAGAAGAAAUAAGAGCUUUAUCGAUCUCAAUAGGGAAUAUAAUGAAAAGGAAACAAUGCUAGAUAGUACAUCUAAAGAAGAAAUCAAAGAUAUCAGAGUACUCUUUAAAACACGUUCUGGAAAGAAAGCCGUUAUAUUAUCUAUAGGUAUUAGACUUACUCAGCAACUAUCUGGUAUGUUCAUAGUUUUAUCAUUCCUUGGUCCAUUGUUCAAAGAAACUGGAAGUAGUUUAUCUAUAGAUGCGUUAACUAUCAUAGUGGCAGCUGCAAAUAUUCCCGUUGCUAUUCUAGCUCUAAGUAUAAUCGAAAAAAAGGGAAGAAGACUUUUAUUACUACUGGCAAUUUUUUUUGAUGGACUCUCAAUGUUUAUUUUAGGACUAUAUUUUUUGUUUAAAGAAAAUACAUUGAUAAUUAUUCCAGAUAGCGUUAAAUUAAUCCCAGUAGUUGCAAUAUUUAUUUUUGUUUGUAUGUUUACAUUUGGUCUCAGUAACGUCCCGUUCAUAGUAAUUAGCGAGAUACUUCCUAACGAAGUAAGAUCUGUUGGUAGUAGUUUAGUUUUGGUAACAGGAAAUUUAAGUAAUUUUUUUAUUGGUUUUAUGUAUCCUUUGGUAUCUAGUUUAGUAGGACAAUAUGCAUGCAUGUUUGCUUUCAGUUUAUUUUGUUUUACUGGAUUCGUUUUUAUAUAUUUUUUGUUACCCGAAACAAAAGGGAAGAAUUUUUUAGAAAUACAACGCGAACUAGAAAAGUAA